AUGUUCAAUCACAUAGUCACUGCUGCUAAGGGCCUAUUUGCGCGACACCCCGAAGAACAUUCCGCCCCUGUUGAACCAGCCAAUUCCAACAUGGUGACAUCUACCCGUCGUGGGGACGUUACUCCCAAUAUUUCGAAGCGGAAGUCUCGGCCUACGAGCGCUGGAAAGCCCGAUAGCCAGGAAACUAAGCGCCAAAAGAGCGACCCCCAGGGUGCCAACCCACCCGCAGAUACCUCAUCUGACACAGAGACACCCAAUGUAAAUGCGGCGAGUGCGCCUGCGCCUGCGGGAAAGAAGAUUCGAUUCGGCAGUGAAGAGCCUGAGCCAAUUGAGACCGAGCCGGAAGAGACCCCAGAAGCACCACAGGAUGAUGAAGAUGAGGAUAGCGACGACGAUGCGCCAGAGACCAUCGACAACUCUGCCCAGCUAUCAAAAAUGAAGGAGCAGGCAAAGAAGCAGGAAGCAGCGAGGCAAUUAGAAGAAAAGGCAAAGAGAGAGAAGCGACGGAAGCUCGACGAGCGUCGCAAGUUGCAAGCCAAGACCAAAGAGGUCCCAGUCGAUGAUAUUACGUCCGAGAGCACAACAACUCUCCAAGGAGAACCCACCCAGGAUGCACGUCGCGCCGCCCUCCCCGCUCUGCUUCCCGAUGAUAUUCUGAACGCUGAGCCUGUCCUUCGCCCUCCCACACCCCCACUUGAAGACAUGUUUGCCAUGCCCAAAAAGUCAAAUAAGCUCCGAUUUUUGGACAAGACGGACAAGAUUCCCAAGGAUGUCAACAUGGGGGAUGUCAACAUUCGCGUGCUCGAUGCCCCAUCUUCGCGGAAGUCCUCCAAGCCUGCGUUACCCCCCAGGGUUUCCAAGGUCGGACGUAACGUCAAGAGUAGCCUUCUCCAGAAGACUCGUAACACAGCCCGGAGGAAUGGACUUCAGAAGAAAGCCAGUGGUCCUGGAGGUUUCGUUCGCCGGUGA